AUGGCCAGGAGACCAACACCAGCAUUCGCAAGCGGAGGAUCCUUCCAGGCCUUGGCAAUCGACACCGAGGAGGACCAAAGCGAACCAUCGGAGGGAGAAGCAGACGAAAACACCCCACCACCACCACCAGCAACAGCCACAGCACGGAAAACAGCCAAGAAAAAGAACGGGAAAACCAACAGAAACAAGAACUCAGCACUGACGACUGCCACCAGCACGAGCACGAGCAAACCAAAACAACAGCAGAACAACCCAUCCAGCAAAACAGCCACGCCACCAACAGACAGGAAAGAACAACCAAAGCAGAACCAUGCACUCAAGAGCCUCACCAUCCCACCACCAGCCGAGCCGAUCGAAACACUCCCACUCAACUCCGACUCCACUCCGAUCACCUCCCCCUCCAUCAGCACCACCACCAGCAUCAUCACCUCGCCAAGCACGACCGACUACGACGAGCAGGAGGAACUCCCCCAGCCCGACGAACCCACAGCCCAGCACGAGAAGCUGGACGAGAAAGCCGAUCGGGCCAACCCAGCCGACCGUCCCUCCGACCCCAACCCUACACCCACCACCGCCCAUCACCCCUCGAUCCACUCUCAUCCGACCAAAAGCCCCCAACCCUCCCCCUCGCCCACCCCCACCCACCAAUCCCACCGUCUCCCUAACCCUGCCGACAAAAGCCAGAAUGAGCCCGCCGAAAUCAGCCAGUUCGGCGCCGAUCACACGCCCGGGAAGAAGUGGCAGACCGUGCUCACCCGGGUCUUUUGGAGCCUGGUCAUGGUCACCGGCUUCAUCACUUUGAUGGCCCUCGGCCACCUCUACCUCAUCAUCCUCGUCUUCAUCAUCCAGCUCCUCGUCUUCCGUGAAGUCACGAAUCUCUUCCAGGUCGGAUACAAGGCCUCUGCCCGCGAACACGCUAAAGCCCUCCUCGCCCAAAACCAUCCCCACCACCCGCACCACCAUCACCACCAACAGGGGAGCGGCAGUCCGACGACGAUCGUCAAAGAACGGAAGAAGGCCAAGGAGCCCGGCCACAAGAAUCGAUUCAAUAAACUGAUGAGUUGGUAUUUCUUCGGGGUGGCGAACUACUUCUUAUACGGGGAAUCGAUCAUCUACUACUUCAAACACAUCGUGUUCAUCGACGAGUAUCUGCUGCCGUUUGCCCGGCACCACCGCUUCAUAAGUCUGUUGAUGUAUCUGAUCGGCUUCCUGGGCUUCGUCACCAACCUCGACCGCGGCCAUCUGCGCAGACAGUUCGGUCUCUUCUCCUGGAUCCAUAUGUCUCUCUUGCUCAUCAUCGUCUUCGGGCAGUUCAUGGUCAAUAAUAUCCUCGAGGGACUUAUCUGGUUCUGGGUCCCCGCUUCCCUCGUCAUCAUGAACGACGUGGCCGCUUAUGUCUUCGGUAUGAUGUUUGGGAAACAUCAGUUGAUUAAACUCAGUCCGAAGAAAACCGUCGAAGGAUUCGUCGGCGGGUUUUUCAUGACCGUUAUUUUCGGAGUCUUGUGGGGCAGUUUAUUUAUGGGGUGGAACUACAUGAUCUGUCCGGUGAAAGACCUGGGUAUGACGGCGUUUUCGGAGGUGCGAUGUGAGCCGAACAGUGUGUUUAAAUGGCGGACGAUCGAAGUGGGUCGACUGAUUGGGGAGGCGAUGGGGAUGGGGGGGAUGGGCACGGAGCUGGUGGGCCGGGUGGUGCCCACGACACUCGUCUGGGCACCCUUCCAACUCCACUGUCUCGUCCUCGCUACCUUCGCCGGCCUCGUCGCGCCCUUCGGCGGCUUCUUCGCCUCCGGAUUCAAGCGCGCAUUCAACGUUAAGGAUUUCGGUCAUACUAUUCCUGGCCAUGGGGGGCUCACCGACCGGUUCGAUUGCCAGUUUAUCAUGGGCCUGUUCACAUACUUCUAUUAUUCUUCGAUGAUCAAGGAGGACGACGACGGGAUGAUUAUGCGCUCGAUCUUCUCGAACAACAAGGGACUCAAGUUCUCUCCCCACUCCUUCCUCCAACUCAUCCUCCUCCACCUCGACCUCCCCCAACAGCUCCAGCUCUUCCAUCUCCUCCAGGCCCAUCUCGCGUCCCGCUCCCCCAUCCCUCCUCCUCCUACAACCUCCUAA